UUAAGACUUCUUUAGACUGGGACGCAGCUCCGCGCAUGCUCAGCAUUAACUAGGGUGGCAAUACACACGUGCUUACGGCCAGCCGCGGCGCCUGCGCCGUAGCGGCCUGGAGUCGGUACGCGUAGACGUUUCUCGCACCUUGACUCCGGCCCUCCGCAAGAGCCUCUUUGUGCUUAGUGUCCUGUGCACACGCCUUGCAAGCGACGGCGCCAUGAGUCUGACUUCCAGCGUACGAGGGCUUUAUUUCAUAGUCUGGGAACUUAUUUCAAACACUGUGAAGAUCUGACUGAGGAAGUGCUGGGAAGCAGUCCAGUGUGUUUAUCCUGACCCCUGUUCAACUUCUUCCUGCAGUUCACUCCAUGCUGGGAAUAGACAACUCACCUCUGAGGCUGAGGCUAACCAGACUAUGCAGAACUUUCUUCUCUCCAACAUUCUGUGGAACUGGGUUGAAUGGAUCGCAGCAGUUACUAUUGCUGCUGGGACAGCUGCAGUUGGUUAUCUAGCUUACAAAAGAUUUUAUGUUAAAGAUCAUCGCAACAAAUCUAUGGUAAACCUUCACAUCCAGAAAGACAACCCCAAGAUAGUACAUGCUUAUGACAUGGAGGAUUUGGGAGAUAAAGCUGUGUACUGCCGUUGUUGGAGGUCCAAAAAGUUCCCAUUCUGUGAUGGAUCUCACACAAAACACAAUGAAGAGACUGGAGACAACGUGGGACCUCUGAUCAUUAAGAGAAAGGAAACUUAGACAGUUUUGAUACUGCAAACCAACUUGUCAUGAUGUUAUCUGAUUGUUUAAUUAGAAUGACUACGACUUCUGUCUAAUUCACCUCCCCUGGGUUCUAGAUGUGGUAUAUUGGAAACUGCAGCUUUCAUACUCACGGCAUUUGCCUUACUUGUUGAACCAUCGUGGUGCACAUUUGUUUAAACAAAAAAAGGAAAAAGUAAAAACCAACUUCAUGGCCUAUGGGUUAUUUUGGUCUUGUAAGGAUCCGUUUCUUUACGUUUAAAAUAAUUAUAUUAAGAUAUAGUUGUAUGUUAAAGUUAACAUUAAAUUAUUCUCAAAAUCCUG